UAGCAUAGCGAUAGAGAAAGAGAGAGACUUCUUGAAAGUGGCAAUCCGAGGAAAAGAUGCAGUUUCUUAGGCAAAAAAGGGACUAGAUUUUCAGCAGUAAUCAGCAAUAAAAUUGAGAAUCUAGGAAUUUGAUAUUAUUGAAUUGCUACUGUCUAAUGUAUUAACUAGUCUUGUGUAGAAAUGAAAUUACAUUUAUUCACAAAAAAAGGUUUUGAAAGUAAGAUUCCACUCUGAAUAUCACCACGAGUCUCUGCAUUCACUUACAAUAUGAUAUUAAAGCAAACAUUGCCAAAGUGAAAAUAAAAACCAUAGAGCUUCCCUGUAGCUUGGAAGUUGGAAGUUAUUUACAGUAUUUCCAUAUUGUCCCAGUUAAAGGACUUCAAAAUCAGGAGCUGUGUGUUUGCUGUGCCCCUGGAGACUGAGUUUUCCAUCUCUUCGGCUUUGAGAAGCAGUGGGAGUGAAAGAGGCGCAGGCUCUGAUGAUAAGGGCUCGUAGAACAUCCCCUCAUUAACUCACACAAGAUAAGCAAAGGGGAGAGAGAAAAAUCAAUUUAUUAAAGACACUGCAUCAGACGGGAAUAAGGGGCUCCGCUGUAAGGGAGAGCACCAAAGUAGUUUGUGUUGUUUACUUUGGGAAUAUUUUGAACGGGACACUGAGCACAUAGGAACCGAUUAGUCUUAAACCUGCGUGAUGGCUGAGCGUCUAUUUAAAGGCUCUACAUCAGCAGUCUUAGACCUGGAAACCAGGGCUGAGGUGCUCCCCACUCAGAGGGGGCUGCUGGAAGAGAGGACAGGCUAUCGCAGUCACCAGACACACAAGGACACAAGGAAACGGGUUGGGUCUAGUUUCAGGGAUCAGCAGAGAGUGGGCAAAUUCCAGCAGUACCCUGAGAACGCAGCUCGGGAGCGGAGCCGGGUUCGAAAUCUGCGGCAAGCUUUCCACAGCCUCCAAGCUGCCCUUCCCUCCGUACCGCCCGACACCAAGCUCUCAAAGCUGGACGUCCUGGUGCUGGCCACAAACUACAUCGCCCACCUCACACAGAUCUUGGACCAAGGCAAGACAUUGCCAGACCGGACCCAGCCCUUCAGAGUGCAGGGAUACCUCCACCCUGUCAAGAAGUGGCCAAUGAGAUCUCACCUGUAUUCCGGAGCAAUGGGUGAAUUCUUGAUCGGAGUUCAGGCCCAGCAAAAGCAAUUCCCCUCAGGAGAGGAGGCAGUUAGAAUGGGAGACACACCCUGACUGUCACA